GUUCCUAGCAAAUGUGACAACUUAUCCAACAUCCAGAUAUAGCAGAUAAAGCGAUAAAAGCGUUCCAUUUUCCACCCAAGAAAUUUUGUGCCACAGCAGUAGCUUUGGUUUUGACCUUUCUCUCUCUGAUUCAUGGCUUUAGCCAUUUCGUCGACCGCAUUGUCUACUCUUCCAAACAGAGAAAUACGUAAAAAGGUUUUCCCCGAAAGCACUGUGACAUGUCUGAGGUUGACCAAAAGAACCUUAACAAAUGCAACAAAAGGAGUGUCAGAUGUGUGUGAGCCACUUCCACCAGAUAGGCCAUUGUGGUUCCCUGGUAGUUCACCUCCUCAGUGGCUUGAUGGCAGUCUUCCUGGUGAUUUCGGUUUUGACCCGCUUGGAUUAGGGUCUGAUCCAGAAUUGCUCAAAUGGUUUGCUCAGGCAGAGCUAAUGCAUGCUAGAUGGGCAAUGCUUGGAGUGUUUGGGAUCCUCAUACCGGAAUUGCUUGAAAAGAUGGGUUAUAUUGAGAAGUUUUCUUGGUAUGAUGCUGGUGCACAAGAAUACUUUACAGACCCCAUAACCUUGUUCAUUGUACAAAUGGGCUUGAUGGGCUGGGUUGAGGGUCGAAGAUGGGCUGACAUGAUUAACCCAGGAUGUGUUGACAUUGAGCCCAAACUGCCACACAUUACAAAGCCCAAGCCAGAUGUUGGUUACCCUGGUGGGUUGUGGUUUGACCCUUUGAUGUGGGGACGAGGAUCACCUGAGCCAGUGAUGGUGUUGAGAACUAAGGAGAUCAAGAAUGGUAGACUUGCAAUGCUAGCUUUUGUUGGCUUCUGUUUCCAAGCUAUUUAUACUGGGGAAGGCCCCCUUGAAAAUUUGAUGGCACACAUUGCUGAUCCUGGUCAUUGCAACAUUUUCUCGGCUUUCACAUCGCGGUAGUGCUAUUUGAAGAAAAGAAGAUAUGCGUCCUGAAUGAACAUGGCGUAAUGCUACUACACCAGCAAUAUGCAUUAUAUACUUUGAAACAUGUAUUUUGUUUCCUAAUCCGAGCUUUACAAUUGACACAAAGUUUUGAUUCUUUUAAACAAAAUGAAAUUACUAUCCCUUUCUUUUUU